CUCUUCUCCCUCCUCCGCUUCCCCGUCUUCUCUCCCUUCGACCCUCUGUGGAGUUUGACUAUACUGUAUCUAUACAUCAUUACAUUUACAUUAAGCAUACUCACUCCCCUUUCUCCCCUGCCAGCUGGCCUGUCAUCUUCCCUUUCACUCUCCCCACUUCGCUCCCAGAGACGCUUUGUUCCUCCGACCGACGAACCGCCAUCUCCCGCUCUUGUGACGCAGAUAUCGCCAACAUGGUUGCGGACGCCUUGGUUUACCACCCUGCUCUGGCGCACUACUUGCGCUUUGUCGCAACAACAGUCGGUCGCGAUAAAAUCCUCCGCACCCUGCAAUACUUCUCCCGCUUCUACGCCUGGUACCUCUACCGCACCAACCGCCCCCAGGCUGCCAUCGACCCUUAUAAUGCCAUCAAGAAGCAGUUUGGAACCACCCGAAAGAUCCUCAGGGUUGGAAAGUUCGUGGAGCACCUGAAGGCUGCGGCGCUUGCCUCCAGUAACAAAAGUCUGGUUGACCCUGUUAUCCGCUACCUUGCUGUUGGCCGCCAGCUCGGCUACGCCGGUUACCUGACCCUCGACACCAUCACCGUCGUGGACGCCAUUGGUGUACGCAAACUCGCUGCUGCCAAGAGACUGCAAGAGUCUGCCUAUCGGUCCUGGAUGGCCGGACUGGCCUGUAGUGCUGUGGCGGGCGUGUACACGCUGUUCCGAUUGAAAGAAAAGGAGAAGACCCUGGACUCCCAGAAGGGCGAAGAUGUGGUAGAGGCCAAAAAGCUUAAAAAGGAAUACUCUGUUGCGCGCCUUCAGCUCUUUUCCGACCUGUGCGACUUGACUGUCCCAGUUUCCGCCCUCGGACUUGCGUCGCUCGACGACGGCAUCGUGGGUAUUGCGGGUACGAUCAGCAGUUUGAUUGGUAUCUACUCCCAGUGGCGGAAGACCGCAUAAGCGGCCAUCUUCAAGCCAUGCGGGAAGGUCUAGAUAUGUAUCACUAUAGCCCACCAUGGAAUGCGUUGAUCAUCACCUGGUGCAGCUCGUGGUGUAGAGGCUGCAUCAACUUUCUUUCAAACUUUCGGGCGAGGCCCACUAGUUGCCCAGUCUUUUGACGCUUGCAGCAAGGGUGAGCGAGGCACUGUGAUAGCGUGAGACCUAGAUAUUUCGAGUCAUUUUUGGAUUAGCUGGGAGCGUGGGCCUGCAGGCGCGUUCCAAUACUCAUUCUUCAUUGCGUGGAUUUAUGAUGCUUAGAUUAUUCCCCUUGUGUCACUCGGCCGAAUUGGAGUCUGUCCUCUUACCAUAAUCCAG